CCACUAGCGCUGGAGGUAUACUAUUUGUAUACAUAAUGAUCAAGCAAAGCUCGAAGAAAGUCAUCUUUUUUUGGAGGGGAGAAUUUUCUCCAGCCUCUUCUACAUUCAAACUCUAGAAAAAGUCAUGCUCAUGCAUCCCCUACCACAUCCGUUUAAUGACUCAUUUGUAGCAUCGUUAACCACUUCGAGAGCGUGUCAUUUGCGAGCCCAAAAGUACGUCGCCACUGGUUCAAUAUUUUUGCUUCUUUUACAUGCAAAAAUUAAAACUAACAUCUACGACGGCAUGCCCUGGCUGACACCAGCUAUUCAGCGUUUCAGCUCCAAACAAACAUGCUACGCAUGAACCGGGCAGAACUCUCCCUAUCCCCCGACACCUGCCACGAGCCCACAGCACAGAGCAGCCCUGCCUGCCCGCCGCUUCGCGCCUCGCGCACGCAGGGGCAUGGCCACGCCGCGCGCGAGCAGGCGCCUGGCCGCGGGCGACGGGCCCCGGGCCACGCCGGCGGUCGGCCCGGCGCCCGGCGGCCGGGCGCCGUUCAACCUCUCCUCGGGGGCCGCCACUGCCGUGGUGUUCGUCUCCAUCGUGCUCUGCUUCAUCCUGCUCUGCACCUACUGCCGCUGCGCCCGGCAGCGGGCCAUCGCGGGGGCGCGCCGCCGCGUCAUGCGCGAGCUCGUCCCGGGCGCCGCGCUCUUCCUCCGCCCGGCCGCCGCCGCGCUGCCGACCGUGGUGCCCUACGCGGGGGCCGCCAGGAAGGGCCUCCCCGAGGACUGCCCCAUCUGCCUCGAGCCCUUCGGCGGCGACGACGGCGUCAGGGUCGUCCCCGCGUGCGGCCACCUCUACCACGCGCCCUGCAUCGACCGCUGGCUCGACAUGCGCAACUCCUGCCCCGUCUGCCGGUGCGCCGUCGCCAGCCUCUACGACGCCGACCGCGCCAGGGACGCCGCCGCGGUGGCCGUUGACCGCGACGGUGCCUACGACGACGACGACGACCAAGAGGCCGUCCUGGAGCGCGUCGUCGCGAUGAUCGAGGCCAUACGAGACGAACAGAGAGAAGAAGAGGAGGCGGCGGCGGGGCGCGCCGGCGGAGGAGUCGGAGGGUCAUGACAUGAUGAUCACUCACCAUUGCGGUGCAGGCGCAGCUAACUUAGCCGGUUCUGGCAUGGGAUGAAUGGUUCUUUUUUUUUACUGGUUUCAAGAAAUGGUGGUCACCACUUUAAAUGCUCUGAAAUUGGUGUUGCUGCAUACCGACUUUGGCAGUUCAUUCCACCAAGGCAAGGUUCACAAGAGGCAAUAUUCAGAGGCAAGCAUCAAUUGGAAACAAAUAUACUCCCUUUGGAAUCUCACCAGGUCUACUAAUUGUGUAGUGGUUGAUCAUGUUGGGUUGGGAAUAUAGCUAGCCAGCAACCGCUUUAGUUGGAGAAAUCAUAAGCCCAGCGAAGCUUUAUUCCCAGGUGUAUCAAAUCAUACAAGUUUUCCUGUCCUGCGUAAUCUUAAUAUUCUGCGGUUGGACACCCUUCCAGAAAUUGAGAAAGAGGCCUCCUCCUCGGUGGCGAAAGGGAGCUGGAGAAUCAUCGGCGACCCCUCACCUGCCGGCGGCCUUCCAUGUUAGAACAAGGCAUCGGAGGCGGCCAAGGAAAGGAGGGGUUAGGUGGUGUCUUGUGUUGCAUUUUUAAUAUUUUUUGUUUGACAAAAAAGGAGCCAGUUAAAGGAUGUGUGCCAAUUUCACUUUGACAAAAAAAAGGGCCAAUUAUUGGACGUGCCAAUUUCUCACUUGCACGGGUGCAAGCUGACAGACUGUACGUGAUUUGUGUGAUAGAAUAUCUUGUUUUCGUGUUUUU